CUGGAUCCCAGUGUGCUGGCCCUCCUCCUCCUCCUCCUGCUCCUCUGUGAACGUGGAGUCCCUUUGCCUCUUGCAUUUGCAGACAGAGGGUGGCCAUGCCGCUGAAGGUAGUGGUGGAGCUGCAGGUCCACGCGGUUUCUUGUCCUGGUGUGUACUUGACGGAGAAGAGUGAUGUCUACCUCCAUGUGUGCAUUCUGGGUCAGUGCAAGGAAACUGACUGCCUUCCUCCCAUCUUCCCUCUUUUGUUUCAUGAGAAAAUGUGGUUUGAAAAGAUAUUUGAAAAAGCUACUGACCCUGUUGCAGUAGUAGAACUGCUAGAAAAAAAUGUGACAAAGAUUCGAUUAUCUGAGCUGAUACCUUCAGAGAAUGAAGAGCUUGCAUUUUAUAAAGAGAACACUCGAGAUUUUCUAUUUCCUGAGCCCAAACUGACUCCUCCAUAUCCAGGAGUGGACAGAGAGUUGCUAAUGAACAAACAUCCCUGUUUCCCAGGCAUUGCACCAAAAUUAGAGUUUUCCACAAGAACAACAAUUACAGAACUUCCACUUCUGCCCAGAAGAUGGUAUCGUGACAGUAACAAAACCAGGUUACAAAGGGCUGCCUCAGCAUCACCUCGACGGAGGAGUGUCUCACCAGCACGGGGUAGGAUGGCCAAGAGUAAGAACUGCAAGAGAUUUACAAGAAUUUUAAGAUCCCGCUCUCCAUCUCCAAGCUCAGCAAAACAUCUCCAUGAGCACCACAGGGAAAGUCAGCAGCAGCAGCAAGAGCAGCAGCAGCAGCAGCAGCCAUCUCCUUUGAGCUUGAGGUCCGUUAAAUUCAAAGCAGAAGCAGACCACAGGCCACCUUUUGUAGUUAGACAUGUAGAUACUUCUAAAGCAUUUGCUGAACAAACUCCACCUCAGGUACAGUUUCGAAAUGUAAGGCAAAGUACAAGUCCAACAAGAAAUUCUCACAAAUUUCAAUUGAAACGAGCAUUAUCGUUUGAUAGCUGGAAAGCAACGUGUCCAGCAGCCAAGGUUAUCAGAGAGCCAGAUGAGCAAUAUAGUUCAGAUCGUGCUUCAUCGUCAUCUCCUGAAACAAAAGAACCUAUCAUUCCCCCACGGAACACUCCUGCUAUUCCCCAUAGCUCUUCAUUUGACUCUUCAACACAUUACCAGUCACGAAAUCCUCGUGGGAGAAGGGCACAACACAGGAUAUACUGCAGCCCCAAUUCCAGCUGGGAGGAAAUUAAUGAGAGAGUGAGGAAUCUCCUAACCUCAGAUGAGGCCCGGCAGAGACUUUCCAUGGGAGCCACUGAUCUGGAAAUUGAUGAAGUCCUUGAAAGAAGGUCCAUCUCUCUCAGGAGUUCUCCCCAGUAUGACUCAAUGGAAAAUAUAUACGACUCAUAGCUGUCACUGGCAAGAGAGAAUGCAGUAGCCUUGGGAUAUACUUGAAGACCCCUUGCUGACAAGAUCAUCAUUCUAGAGGAGACGGAUGGAUGGCUCCUUUUCUCUUCUCCAGUCCUGCAGUGUCCAUUUUGAAGUGUCCACCAAAGCCAUUGCAGUGAAAAGGGCCAGACUGACUUUGUCCUCAAAGGGGCCUAAACUUCAGAAUGAUGACUGGUCUUCUUUCUUAAGGAUGCUCAUACUGAGAGGAACUUAAAUCUCCAAAGCAAAUGAAAAUGAAAUCCCCUCAAAUAUUGGUUUCUUUCCUCCCUUUAUUGCCAAGGGCUGUUUCCUCUUGCUUCUCAAAAAAAGAACUGCAGAGAUAAUUCAUUGCCACUUCUUCUUAUGUUCGUGCAUGUAAGGGAUGAUUUAGGUGUUCUCAUCUUGGCAUUGUUGAUUAAAUCUGGGGAGACUAUACAUGUCUUGCAUGACAACCUAAGUUUUCUCUUAUUCCCUGUACUGCAUUUAUUUUCUUCUGUAGUGUGGACAGCAAGAGACAAGUGAGAGAUCGGUGCUGUAUCUGUCCUAGAGUUGUCUACAGCAAGUUUUAAAACCCGUAUCAAAUGUCCAUCCCAGUCAUCAGGGCUUGAACCAUAGAAUAUCAAAAUGCUAAUGAAAAUGAAGGAUGGGAUAGAUACAUGGAAAGGGGCUUUGUGAUUUGGAAGCUUUGGUGUCCAGGCUGCCUUAAGGUUUAGCACAUUUUGAUGGAAAGCAAACACUGAUUCUGCCUGGAUCAAAAAAGUGAUUAAUAGGAAGGUGAAAUUAACCUUGCCUUUUCACCUUUUUGAUGCUUCUGCUAGGAAAAAUAUAAGAUGACCUUGGACUACUACACUAAUGUAUUCCUCACAGCAAAUUGCUAAAUCAAAGUUACAUCUCAACAGUUGGAAGAGGAUCAAAGUAAUUUUCUCUUAAAAUUGCUGCUUUAAUGAUUGUCCACCCUUAGCACCUUGUAGGAAAUGAUUUAUAGAAAUGGAAGCCUUAAUGCAAUGGCAGCCCAUUUUAUUUCCGCUCUGAUACUCCACACUGCACAGACAUUGGGCUGUAGUCUCAAUUCAUUUCAAUCAGGUGAGUUACUUAACCUUGGAAGGAGUAAAAUUCCACAUAGCAAAAUGUUGCUCCCAGAUUUCUAGAAUAUGCUUAAGGAAGAAUUAGAAACAUUUUCUUCCGUUGUAUCUGUUGGUGUAAGUUUUUUAUUCUGAAAAUGCAUAAAUGAUAUUCAGAUACUCAGAGCAGAAAACCAAUGAGAACAUAAAGACCAUUGGCAGUUCAUAAUUUUUUAGGACAUUAAUACUGUUGUAAAGAAUUGUCUUUUUAUAUAAAAAAUCAAUUACUUACUUUUGUGUGUGUGUUAGAGAGAGAGGGAGAGAAAAAAUGAGACAAUUUCAGUAAAGGAGCAAGUCUUGUUUAUUUUGCUGUGUCAUUAUCUGUUAAUAAAUAAUACA